AUAACAUGCCUGGCUGCAGUGGUCAGUGCUAUCUCUCUCCUCUGCACGAUGAAGGCAUUCAAUGUCCUGGUGCUGCUGGCCUCAGUGGUGCUGCUCUGCCGCGCUGCUCCAGUAUUGGAGCUGUUGAUGUGCAGUGAGGAUCACAGUGCUGCGGCGGCACGUCUGGCAGUACAUGACAUCAACGAGCACCACAACCAUGGCUACAAGUUCCGGCUCAGUGAGAUCAAGGAGAACAAAACGGAAAAGGUUGAGGACGGAUGUACCAUUGAGUUACACUUGGACCUUCUGGAGUCAAAGUGUCACUCUAUCAACCCCAAACACUUUGAGGACUGUGAGACCCGUCAUGAAACUGAGCGUGACGUGAUGGCACACUGCACCGUCAUGAUGGCUGUAAAAGAUGGCAAUGCUAAUGUCACCAAAUAUGACUGUGACACGCGACAAGUGACAACCAACAAGGAUAUGCAGUUGUUGUGCCCUGACUGUCCCGUGCUGAUCCCACUCCACAGCCCUGAGGGUCUCAAAGCUGUUGAAAAAGCUGUGCACGAAGAGAACGUUAACAGUGCCAACGAGCGCUUCUACAUCCUGCAGGAAGUGGGACGGGUGUUGAGUGGGUACAUGUCGUCGCAGGGGAUGUACUACAGUUCUGAGUUCGUAAUUGUGGAGACUCAUUGCAUAAUGGGAUCCAGAAUUGCCAUUGAAGCAUGCGACCCCCUCUGCCCUGACCGAGCCCGUCACGCUUUCUGCAGAUCAUCUUAUUCAAAUGGAGCUGGACUUCGGUCUGUUGAAUGUGAAUACUAUCCCGCAUUGAACACAACUGCUCUCGGCCCGGGUGAGACGGAGCCCCAGUGUAAAUGCCCUCAUCUUGCUGGCCAACCUUCCCCCGCUGGUCAUCAUCCCUCAGCUGGCGGUAACGGACCCCCAGCCCCUGCUCAUGAUCAUGGUCAGGGUCAGGGCCCUCCUUCCUUUGCUGGCAGUCAAGGACCCCCACCCCAUGCUCAUGAUCAUGAUCAUGGUCAGGGCCCUCCUUCCUUUGCUGGCAGUCAAGGACCCCCACCCCAUGCUAAAGGCCCACCUAAUGAAGAAAGAGGGCUCACCUUCUUCAUCAGUCCCUGCAAUGGAAUCUUGGCCAACCCAGACCCAGCUCUCCACCCCAUUUGUCCCAAGCCUUUACCUGAACCCCGCCAAAUCCCAACACUUGAGAGGCCCUGAAACACAACACCAAUAUAUGACAGUCACUGUUCAGAAGACUUCUCGAAGAGUCUCUAACGCAUACAAGAAUGGUUUGAGUCCUAACAUCUUACAGAACAUGUACAAUAAAGUAUCAAGGUCUGUCAUUCGAACUUCUUCCAAUGACCGGCUUCGUUUUGUAGAACACUA